AUGGUCGGCCUCACCCCAGAGCAGGUCACCUCAUUCCAAGAAAACGGCUACCUCGUCCUACCAGACUAUCUCAGCCCAAACGAGAUAGCAUCCGCCCUCACGGAAACAAAUACCCUCCUCGACACCUUCUCUCUAGAAUCCCACCCACUCACCCAAUUCACGACAGGCGACGGCGACGAUGAUGAUGCCGACCACGUCGGCGACGACUACUUCCUAACAUCCGGCGACAAAAUCCGCUACUUCUUCGAACCAGACGCCUUCACCACCGAACCUGACCCUCUAACCGGUCGACCCGCCCUCAUCAAACCAAAGAACCUAGCCGUCAACAAAAUCGGCCACUCACUCCACACCCUCUCGCCACCAUUCAAAGCAAUCUCCCUAAAUCAGCGGAACGCGGACGUCGCGAAAUCUCUCGGCUUCAAGGACCCGCGCGUUCUGCAGAGUAUGGUUAUUCUCAAACAGCCCUCCAUCGGCGGCGCGGUCCCCGCGCAUCGAGACUCGGAAUUCUUGUACACAGAUCCGCCGUCCGCGGUGGGCUGGUGGUAUGCGCUUCAGGAUGCUAGGCCCGGUAAUGCGACGUUGGGGAUGUGGAAGGGUUCACAUAAAGGUGCGAAAGGGGGACAUAUUGCCAGGCGAUUUGUGAGGAAGGUUGAUGGGGCGGGGACGGAGUUUGUUGAGAAUAUGGGGCCGGCUUUGCCGAAAGGGAUGGAGGAGGAGAAGGUUUCUGAGCCUAGUGAUGAGGAUCUUGAGAUUUUGGAUAUUAAGGCUGGGUCUUUGGUGCUUAUUCAUGGGAAUGUACUGCAUAAGAGUGAGAAGAAUACGAGUCCGAAUAGUCGGUUUGCGUAUACUUUUCAUGUUAUUGAGGGGGCGGAGGGGUGGGAAUAUGAUCGGAGGAAUUGGUUGCAGCCGCCUGAAGAGGGAUUUUCGAGGUUGCUUCAGUGA